AUGGAGCCCACCUCUGAGAUGAAGAGGAAUAGGUUACCCAGCAUGAACUUUGAAGCAGAGAUUCUGGCAGAUCCACACGAUAAUUCAGAGCUGUAUGUCAUCCCUUCCAUGAGAAGUCUCACGGCUGAGGAGUAUGUAGAGGCCUUUCAGUCAUUUUUGGAUCACUCAACAGAGCACCAGUGCAUGGAUGAGUUCAACAAGGAAGUGAUGCCACACAUCAUGGCUGGUCUCGGCAAUGGAAAAUCGACUGUAAACAUUCUGGGAGUGGGGAGCGGCACAGGUGAACAGGAUCUAAAAAUGAUCCAGAUCCUGCAGGCUGCACACCCAGGGGUCCUUAUUAACAACGAAAUCAUAGAGCCCAACCCACAGCACGUGGCUGCCUACAAAGAGCUGGUUAAUCGAGCCCCAGAUCUGCAGGGGGUCUCUUUUACUUGGCACCAGCUUACUUCCUCGGAGUAUGAACAACAGGUGAAAGAGAAAAACACACACAAGAAGUUUGACUUCAUCCAUAUGAUUCAGAUGCUGUACCGUGUGGAAGAUAUUCCUAACACCAUCAAGUUUUUCCACAGCUGCCUCAACCAUCAGGGUAAACUCCUGAUCAUAAUUCUGUCAGACAGCAGCGGUUGGGCCAGCUUAUGGAAGAAGUACAGGCAUUGCUUGCCUUCAACUGACAGCGGCCACUACAUCACCUCCGACAGCAUCACGGCAGUUCUGAGGAAGCUCAGCAUCAAGUACCACGUUUAUGAGUUCCCAUCGGGUUGGGACAUCACUGAGUGCUUCAUUGAGGGGGACCCAGCUGGAGGCCAUAUGAUGGAUUUCCUGACAGGGACAAAAAAUUUCCUGGGCACAGCACCAGCAGCUCUGCGGAGCCGCCUGCAGGAAGCUCUCUGCCAGCCCGAAUGCAGCAGCAGGAAGGAUGGGAGAGUCAUUUUCUGCAACAAUCUCAGUAUGAUUGUAGUGGAAUCCUAG